AUGGAUAUUAUUCAAGGUAUUAUACAACCACCCAGGGUUCAAUCAGCUGAGGAAACAAUUCCAACUUUAUGUGACCGUUUGUCUAAUUCUACUCUAAUUAAUGACAGAAGAUCUGCAAUUCUAGGAAUUAAAUCGUUCAGUCGUCAAUAUAGGGAAACAGUAAUUGCGUCUGGUUUGAAGCCCCUUAUCAAAACCUUGCAACGUGAUCUGGUCGAUGAGGAUAUUGUCAAGGCUGUCUUAGAGACUUUAUUAAUUCUAUUCAUUAGAGGUGAUGGUGAUGAGGAUUUAACUCGUGAAUGGAUUUCACAACAAUCUCGUAUUCAAAAUGGUAAAUAUCCAUCACCCUUAGUAAUGAAAAGUGAGAAUCAACAAGCCGACCAAUUUUCUUUGUGGAUUGCUGAUGCUUUGACACAAUCUGAUGAACUUAUUCAUCUUAUUAUAGAGUUGAUGGAUACAUCCAAUUUUCACAUUAGGUUAUACACAAUCCAGUUGUUAGAAGCCAUCAUUGUAACAAGACCAGCAAGAGCUCGUAGUGCCAUUACCUCUUUACCUACAAGUAUAUCUACUAUAGCAUCAUUAUUAGAUGAUUCUAAUGAACUUGUUAGGGAUGAAGCAAUUUUACUAUUAAUGACAGUUGUCAAUGAUUCUCCCCAUGUUCAAAAAUUGGUCGCCUUUGAAAAUAUAUUUGAAAAAUUAUUCAUUAUUAUUAAUGAAGAAGGUGGUUUGCGUGGAUCUUUGGUUGUCAAUGAUUGUUUAUCAUUAAUUAUUAAUAUUUUAAAAUAUAACACUUCAAACCAAACAUUAUUCUUAGAGACAGGUCACCUUGCAAAAUUGGCUUAUAUACUAAACGAGCCUAUUACCGGGGAAGAAGAAUUUUUCUGGAACGAACAGAGAAUUGUUAACAUUAUCUCAGCUUUGGAUAUCGUAUCUCUAACGAUAGAGCCAGGUAUCUCUACAACAAGAAAACACCAAGAUUCAUUAUUAGAUGGGAAGGUUUUAAUGAUUACACUACGUUUAAUAUUUUACCAUAAUACACCUAAAGAAGUUAGAUCAAUAGCUCUAUUAACUACAGCUGAUAUGAUAAGAAAUAAUGAGAUAGCUCAAAAUGAAUUUAGGAAGGUAGAUGUUCCUUAUAUAGACCCUUCUUUACUUAAUGGCUCAAAAGCGAAAGAUGUCAUUUAUCUCCCGGUAAUAUCUUUAUUAGUCAAUUGGGCAUUAUAUGCUAAUUCUGUACACACAUUUGCAAUUAGAGGCGCUGCAAUCGAUUUACUAAAGGCAUAUUUCCACGGAAAUUCAGAAUUACAAGAAUUAUUUCUACAAGAUCAACUUGAGGAAUAUAAAAAUGAAAAUAAGAAGAGACAAAAUGAACAAUUAGCAGAUUUCAGGUCAAAUAUUUUUGAAGCUAUCCUAGAUUACGAUCCAGAUCUGAGGUUAAACCCAUAUAAGUUAUAUUUUGCAAGCGAGAUUGUAAUGUACUUUAUACAAGAAGAAAACCCUUCAAAUGCAUCCCAUAGAGAAGCGAUAAUUAAAGUAACCUCGGGUACCCAAUUAGAAGAUGAUACUGAUACUAUGAAUCCAAUUCAAACAUUAAGUGAGUUACUUCUCGCUAGUUUAAAUGAAAGCGAUAUUCGUAUUCCUAUCUUCUACACAUCUUUUCUAAUUGUCUGGUUAUACGCUGAUUUCAAUGCUGUAGAUGAUCUGUUAUCUAAUAAACCAAAUCUACAAUCUAUUUUAUCUUUUUCUUACCAAUUACAAGGUGAUGAUAUAACAAUUAAAUGUUUAGUUACUAUGUUACUAGGUGUGUCCUACGAAUUUUCGACGAAAAAUUCACCGUACCCUAGAGCAGAUUAUUACGCAUUUAUUACCAAAACUAUGGGUAUUGAUAAUUAUACUUCUAGGAUUAAACAAUUUAAGGAAGAUUCUUUAUUUGCUAAAGCCCAAACAGGUAUUGAUUUCAUCAAUCCUGAUAUUGAUGAAACUGGUUUACCGGAAGUUUACUUCAAUUCUUAUUUUAUUGAAUUAGUGCAAAAAAAUUAUUAUCGUAUCAAAGCUGCCCUUUCUCAUGAUCCAAAUGAAGAACCUGUUUCAACUUUAUCUUUUGAAAUCUUUGAAAAACUUCAAUCUGAUUGUACCAAUUUAAAAAAUUCCUUGAGUGCUUUAGAAAACGAUUCUUCUAGUAAAAUUGAUACUCUUGAAGAAAAAUUAACUGAAUUGCAAAAUGAUUUUAAUAUUCUUUCUGAGAAACACUCCAUCUUAUCAGGAGACAAUAUAUCUUUAAACAGUAAUUAUGAGAAUAUUAAAAAUGAACUAAACUCCAUUUCGGAACAACUUUCAAUGGCUUCAAAAGAAAAUGAAAAUCUUAAAGCUACCAAUGCUUCACAGGAGGUUGAUGUAAAAUCCCUUAAUAAAGAACUUAAUGAAAAAGAAAAAUCGAUAUAUGAAUUGGAAAAGCAGUUAAAUUUAACUAAAACAGAAAAAGAUAAAGCUCAAGAAGGAAUAAAUAAAAUGAAUAAUGAACUUCGUAAGUUAAUGACCUCCAUAGAUACUUUAAAUGAGGAUAAAAGUAGACUUCAAAAUGAAAUAAAACUCCAAAAAAUUGAACUUGAUGAUAAAGAGACUAAAAUCAAUUCUGAGAUGGAAAAAACUAGUAAAGAAUACGAUAACCUGAAAAAGUUGCUUGCUUUAAAAGAGGAGGAAAUAGAAGAACUAAAAUCGAAAUUAUUGAUUUCGGCCAGAGAUUUAAAAGAAUACAAAGGAAAAUUUCAGAGCCACGAUUCACUUGUGCCAAAAUUGACUGAAAAAUUAAAGACAUUGGCCACAAGUUUUAAAGAAUUAGAGAUUGAGCGUGAUGCGCUUCUCCAAAGUUUGAAAACGAAUGAAGAAAAUACAUCCUCAGAACUCUCGCUGUUAACUUCAAAGUUAGAUAUCAUCAAGUCAGAGAAUGCUACAUUAGAGAAGAAUAAGAAAACAUUACUUGAAAAUAUUUCUAACUUAGAAUCAAAAAUAGAAGACAUGAUUACUGCUCAUACAAAUGAAAAGAAGGCUUUAGAGGAAUCCAAAGAAGAAUUAGAGGAAUUUGUUAUUAGUUUAAAUGAACAGUUAGAAGAUUUAGAGACAUCCAAAUUAGAGAGUUCCAAUAAGGCGUCUGAAUUGGAAGCUAAAAUAAAAUCAUUUAAUAAUGAAGUAAAUAGUUACAAAAAUCAAUUGGAUACAGCUAAUAAUUUGAUUUCCAAACUACAAAUAUCCUUAGAUGAGGCAAACUCUAAAAUAGAACAACUAGAAGAGGAUAAAGUUUCUGAUUUGAAAAAUUUGACUAAGAAAGAUCAAAAGUUGGAAGCGAGAGAUAAUGAAUUAUCAAAUGCUAAACUACAAAAUGAUGAGCUACUUAGAGAACGACAAUCCCUAAAAGAUGAACUUUUGUCAACUAAGGAAAAAUUUAACUCAGUAAACGAUGAUUUAGAAGAACUAAAUUCCAAAUAUGUUACGAUUGAAGAAGAAAAAAGGACCCUUGAAAAUUCCAUAAACGAAAAUCAGUUUACAAUAAAAGAGUUGAAGGAUAACAUUUCAGGAUUAACCAAUGAUUAUAAUGCGUUAGAAAGUUCUAAAUUGGAUUUAGAAGAAGAACUUUCUUCACAGACUACUGAACUUGAUCAAAAAGAUACUUCAUUAGCUGAACUGUCGAAGAAAUUAGAAGAGAUAAGUUCCGAAAAAUUAAAACUUAACAGUUUGUUACAGAAUACUGAAACUAAUCUAAAGGAUUUAGAAAAGGUAAAUGAAGAUAAAGAAAUAAGAAUUCAAAGUCUCGAAAAAGAAUUGAAAGUAGUCAAAAGUAAUUCUAAAGAAACAGAUAAUAAGCUACAAGAAUUAAGUGAUAAGCAUGACCAAAUGUCCAGAGAAUAUGAAAUAUUAAAAGCUGACAAAGAGAGCUUAUUGAACUCUAAAGAAAAGCUUUAUAAACAAUACAAUGAUAAUGUUGAAAAGAUUAAUAACUAUGAGGAGUCUUUGAAGCAAUUAAAAAAAGAGAAAACAACAUUGCAAGCCAACUUAAAGACUACAGAAGCAGAAUUAAAUGAUUUACAAGAAAAAUAUUCUGCGAAUGUGAACUCUUAUAACGAUAUCAUAUCAGAAAAAGACAAGUUAACUGAGGAGAUUAAACUUUCAGAUGACAAGAUUAAAGAGUUAGAAUUAGUAUUGGAAGAGAAAGAUAAGGUAAUAACUAACCAAAAUGCUGAAAUUAAAAAUAUAAAAUUAGACUUUGAAGAAAAGGGAAACGAUUAUAAAAGAACAAUAGUAGAUUUGAAAGCAAAACUUUCAGAUCUAACCAAAGAAAGCGCCGAAUCUAAGUUACUAAUGGAGAAAACCAUUAAAGACCUUGAGAAAAAUAUGGAAACUUUAAAAUCUGAAAGUGUUAUAUCCUCGAAUCUUUCAACAGAAAGAAUAACUAGCUUAGAGUUAGAAAUUGCAAAAUUAACAGAAGAGAAGAAAAUUAAUCAAACUAAUUUUAAUGAUAAAAUCAGCGAAUUAAAGUCCGAUAUAAUUAAUUUAGAAAAGGAAAAGGAUGAUAGUAAGGAAAAAAAUAAGACAGAAUCUGCAGAAUUAAAGUCAGAAAUUGAAGAGUUACAAAAUAAAAAUUUUAAAAUGAUAGAAGAACACACCAUUACCUUAGAUGCACUAAAAACUGAUGUAGAAAGAUUAGAGAAAGCCAAGGAAGAUUUUCAAGUACAAAAUAAUUCUCUAACUUCUGAUCUGGAAACUAAGAAUGAAUUAUUGCAUAAACUAAAAGAAAAAUCGGCUAACACAAUAUCUUCAUUGAAGGAAGAUCUUGAAACACAAAACUUACAAUUAAAGGAAAAAACAAAAUGUGCUGAAGAGUCUGCUAUUGAACUAUCUAAUAUUUCUAAAGAUCUCAAUGAACUAUCGGCAAAAUACGAAUCCUUAAAUUCUAAAUUGUCACUCAAACAAGAUGCUUUAUCUGAAAUUACAAAUGAAAAUGCUGAACUAAAUUCACAAUUAGAGAAACAUAAAGAAGAAAUAGCAGAUUUGAAUUCUUCAUUAAAUGAUAUUAAUUCUAGAUUAGAUUUGAAGAUUAAAAAUUUUGAUAGUAUUGAGUCAAAAAAUUCUGAUCUGGAGAAGGAGUUAUUAAAAGUUAACGAGGAGCUGGCACAUCUCAAGGAAUCAUCUUCAAAGACAAUAUUAUCUCUAAACGAUAAAAUAACCUCCUUAUCUGAAGAAUUUGAAAAAGAAAGAACACAACUAACCGAAGGAUCGGAUUCUAUUACAAAGGAAUAUUCUGAGAAGAUAAAUAGGUUAGAAGAAUCACUAAGAAAAGUGGAAUUAGAUAAAGACAAGGAAACAUUAGAAUAUAAGAACAAACUGACAUCUAUCAUUGAUCAAUUGUCAGAGACCGAGAAAGAUCUUACAGCCGCAGAGGAGGACAAAAAAAUAUUAACAGAGACUCUAAAUGAUCAAAAAACUUCUUUAGAUAAGAGUCACGAAGAGUUAGAAUUAUUAAAUAAACAAUUAUCUGAUGCAUUAAGUGACGCACAAUCAAAAGUGAACUGUAUAUCUGAACUUCAAUCCAAUAAUGAAGCUCUUAUAAAAGAGGUUGAAAGUUUGCAUUUGCAAAUAACAGAUCUAGACUCCAAAUUAAAUGAAGCUAACGUAAAUUCUAAUUCCAAGGAAAAUGAAAUAUCGGAUCUGCUAAUAAAAGCAAAAGAUAAUUCUGAUCAAUUAUCAGAAAUGCAUUCAAGAAUAAAAACCCUAACUAAUGAAUUUGAACUUAACGAAAAAUUGUUAAAUGAAAAAUCUGAAGAAUUAUCAGCCAUUAAAGCUGUGACUGAAGGAAAAGAAAAUGAAAUAAAGAAAUUAACUCAAGAAUUAGCUUUAUCGGAGGAAGAAAUCGCUGUCAUUAAAUCAAAAUUGAAAAACUCUGAUGAAACUGCCGCUUCAACUGAGAGGAAACUUUUAGAAACUAAAGAAAUUCUUAGCCAAAUGCCAACAGACCUCACCACUGCGAAUAAAGAUAAAUCUGACUUAAGUAUUCAACUCACAGAAACGAAAAAACAACUUGACGUCUUAAAUUUACAGAUAAAUGAAAACGGUGAUUUACUUUCAAGUAAAAUUGAGUCACUUAAAGAAAAAGAGGAUCAGCUGGAAAAAUUACAAAUUGAGUCUGAUAAUUCCAAAGAAGAAAUAGAAAAACUGAAACAUCAGCUUUCAAAACUUUCUGAGAAUCAUGAUAGUAUUUUAUUGGACAAAAAUGACUUAGAAGCGAAGGUGCAUGAUUAUGAAAACGCAAUUGCUGAACGUGAAAAUGAAGUCAAGAGGUAUCAACUCUUAUUAAAUGAGAAAGAAAGAACUUCCAAUGAUUUUAAAGAUAAAAUUACCGUAGCAGAAGAAGAGAUACAUAGUUUAAAAUCCGAAUUAGAUCGAUUAAAAAUUGCGUUUGACGAACAAAAAAAGAGCUUGGAUCUCGCCAGUGAAGAAAAAUACAACACAAAUUCGAUAUUAGAAGAUAAAUUAAGAAUUAGUAGAGACAAUUUUGAGAAGCAGUUAUCUGAAAAAGAUGAUAAAAUUUCUGAGUUAAUUAUAGCAAACACCGAUGCUACAGAAAAAUACUCCUCAUUGCAAACGGAAAUACAGUCAUUAAAACAUUUAAUUGAUGAGAUUAAAGAAGAGAGAGAUUUAUACGAAAGUAACAAUAAGAAUAAGAAUGAUACUAUCAAAGACCUAACUGCUAGCAUUGCAAACAUUAAAAGUGACUGCAAAAUGAAAAUAUAUGAAAAGGAUGAAGAGAUUGAAUUAUUAAAGGCCAAUACCAAAUAUGAAGAACGUAGAUUAGACGAAGAGCUUACUUCACUUAAACAGAAGUAUGAUGAUUUGAAGUCGAAAAGUACAGAAGAAGCAAUUUUAUUGAAAGAUAAGUUACAACAUAAAGCAUUAAAUAUCGAGACGUUAAAUACAGAAAUUACUAGGCUUGAGACUAAUAUUUCUGAGUUGAACUUGGAUACAUCGAAGUUUAAAUCUCUAAAUGAAGACAUACUAUUAAAGCAAUCUGAUAAUGAUUCUUUAUCAAAAAAAAUAGACGAAAUAGUGAAAGAAAAGACUGACCUAAAAUCAGCAAACGAAGAAUUAGUUAUUAAAAGUAGAACCCUAGAAGAAGAAAUGAAAGAACUAUCAAAUUCUAAGAAUGCUUUACAAGCUGAGCUUAAAACACUUUCAAAAUUAAAAGAGGAAAAAGAAAUCCAAACUUCAUUGAAUGAGAAAUCAAAGGAAGAAAAUAUUCAGUUAUCAAAGAGCAAUGAUGAAUUACAAUCAAAAAUUGCAGAGUUAAACAAGGAUUCAAUGGAACAAAAGCGAUUACUUGACAAAUCUAGACAAGAUUUAUCAGAGCUCGAUAUUCUCAAAGAACAAAUAAAAAUACUACAAAAAGAAAAUACAGAAUUAAAAGACAACCAAAAUGAUAGUUCAGAAGUUGAUGAUUUAAUGCUAUUAGUUACCGAUUUAGAUGAAAAAAAUACCUUUUAUAAGAAAAAAUUGGAAGAGCUAGGAGUCAAUUUCUCUUCUGAUGAGGAGGAGGAUGAGGAUGAUGAAGAUAGCGAUCGCGCUUAA